AUGGCCGCCGAGACUCCCAAGCGCAGCAAGGUCUUCUUCGACGUCAAGAUCGGCCCCAAGUCGGCUGGUCGCGUCACCUUCGAGCUGUACGAUGACAUCGUGCCCAAGACGGCUGACAACUUCCGCGCCCUCUGCACCGGCGAGAAGGGCCUGGGCAAGAGCGGCAAGCCCCUCCACUACAAGGGCAGCAUCUUCCACCGUGUCAUCAAGCAGUUCAUGAUCCAGGGUGGUGACUUCACCGAGGGCAAUGGCACCGGCGGCGAGAGCAUCUACGGCGAGAAGUUUGCCGACGAGAACUUCGAGGAGAAGCACGACCGCCCUUUCUUGCUGAGCAUGGCCAACGCUGGACCUGGCACCAACGGCUCGCAGUUCUUUGUCACCACCGUCGCAACCCCACACCUGGACGGCAAGCACGUCGUCUUCGGCGAGGUCCGCACCGGCAAGUCCAUCAUCCGACAGAUCGAGAACACCCCUACUCAGGGCGGCGACAAGCCCACCCGCGACUGCAUCAUCGAGGACUGCGGUGAGCUGACCGGCGCCGCUGCCGAGGCUCUGGACUCGGACUCCAAGACUGCCGAUGCCCUGGGCGAUGCCUACGAGGACUUCCCUGAGGACUCGGAUGACAAGCUCGACGCCCAGAAGGUUGCCAAGAUUGCCUCCGACUGCAAGGAGUUCGGCAACAAGGCCUUCAAGAGCGGCGAUGCCGCCUUGGCCCUGGACAAGUACCAGAAGGGUCUGCGAUACCUUAACGAGGAGCCCGAUCUUGACGACGCGUCCGACGAGGUCAAGAAGACCCUCGACUCGCUGCGCUUCGUGCUCAACAACAACUCCGCCAUGAUGAACCUGAAGCUGGAGUCCUGGGAGGACGCCGAGCGCGCCGCCACCAACGCCCUGGCCGUCAAGGGCACCACCGACGCCGAGAAGGGCAAGGCCUACUUCAGAAAGGGCCAGGCCCUCGUCAAGCUCAAGGACGAGGACGGCGCCAUCAAGGCGUUCGAGGAGGCCAAGAAGCACGUGCCCGGCGAUGCCGCCAUCAGCAGGGAGCUGGAGGCUGUCAAGAAGGUCGCCGCCGCCCGGGUGGCCAAGGAGAAGUCCCAGUACAAGAAGUUCUUUGCGUAA